UGACGUCUGACGGCGCGUCACGUCACCGUGGCGGAAGUCGUGGCCGCUGUUUUGAAAUCAGACCGCUGGAGUCUCACAAGCUCCUGCUUACGCCGAGGCCUGAGGUCGAGCAGCGUCGGGGGACAUCCCCGACACCUAUCCUCCAGACCUGUUGACCUGACGCCGCUGCCACGCCAUGUCCACCCCUCCGUUGGCGGCGUCGGGGAUGGCGCCCGGGCCCUUCGCCGGGCCCCAGGCCCAGCAGGCGGCCCGAGAAGUCAACACUGCAUCGCUCUGCCGAAUCGGGCAGGAGACGGUCCAAGACAUCGUGUACCGCACCAUGGAGAUCUUCCAGCUCCUGAGGAACAUGCAGCUGCCAAAUGGUGUCACUUACCAUACUGGAACAUACCAAGACCGGUUAGCAAAACUACAGGAUCACCUUCGCCAACUUUCUAUUCUCUUCAGGAAGCUGAGAUUGGUCUAUGAUAAAUGCAAUGAAAACUGCGGAGGGAUGGAUCCCAUUCCAGUAGAGCAACUUAUUCCAUAUGUGGAAGAAGAUGGCUCAAAAGAUGACCGGGCUGGCCCACCUCGUUUUGCUAGUGAAGAGAGGCGAGAAAUUGCUGAAGUCAAUAAAAUGGAGGAUCAAAGAUCUGUGGAGCAUCGGAUGCUUAAACAUGAGCCAUUUCUAUUUGGGAGUGAGGCACUAAGACACUAAUCAUAGGCUUUGUGAAUUGGCUUUCAUCAUAGCAAGAUUGGAAACAAGCUGGCUUUCUUCUUUGGAGGACCCCCAAGGAUCAUUUACUGAGAUUUUUUUCUUUAGGGCUGUUCAGAAUCGUCCAGUGUCCUAUAUAGAGGGAUAGUCUCUUGUCUUCUUGCCUUCUGCUGUGCUGGUGGCACUGAAUCCCUGAAUCCCCAGCUAUUUGAUUCAUAAGAAACAAACCUGGUUCCCUGAAAGGGGGAGUGGGUACGGAACUUUGGAGAGGGGACUCAGUCCCGUGUUGGUGAGAAGUAGGAAUGAGCAGCCUAGGCUCUCGCUUGUUUCUGUAGCUCUUCCCCUCCAGCUUCCGUCCCUAGGCCUCACAGCAGACUUUGCUGUGCCACUUGCCUCAGGAUCAGCCAUUCUCAGGGGCAUCCUUCUGGGUGGUACAGUGGUUUCCUCCCAUGUCAUUUACCAUUCCUCUCAUUUACUAUUCCCCUUCUAUGCCCUACCUUAAAAUGUGCCACCUGGCAUCUACUAUUGUCUCCUUUCUGAUCAUUUUUCUCCAUGUGAAUUUAUAGCCUUUUCAUUCCUCUCCUGCCAUUUUAUUAGGGUUUGAGAAAAAAAAACACGUGUAAAAUUUAGUCCACUGUAUUUAUCUGCGGUAAGUUUAUUUCAAUACACAAAACAGUAUUUCUGAAGGUUUAUCUAUUUUUGGAAUAAAAGCCCAUAUUUUAAAUUCUGUUCCCAUUUCUACUUCAGGCAUUUCAGAACACUUUGAUUUUGAUUAAACCAUUUGAAUCUGUUGAAUUUGCUGUUGUAUGUGUUUCUGGCUUUGGGGUAAAACUUGUUUCAUUUAACAUGGUAUUGAACUGAAGAUUAUUACAAAAAGGAAAGAAUCCAUUAAAUGUUUUAAAUUAAACAGAUUUAAAGCUUAGCCCUAUAUUUCCAUUGGAAAAAAAUUUAAAGAGAAUUUAGAGAGAAAGUAUCUUCUCUUGAGUGGCAGGAGAAGUAUUUAUUUGAUUGGCCUCAUGGCUCUCUCUUACUUCCUGGAAACUGUUAGUCUAAUUUGAGGAAAGACUGAAGAACUAAGUAAUAAACAGACCAAAAAAAAAAAAAAAAAAGGGAGAGGCUUACUUCACUCUGAAUGAUACUCUCUAAGUCCAUCCUAAAAAGUUUAAAGUUUGAAAAUAUAUAUAUAUAUAAAUUUUUUUUUUUAAAGGGGAGAGGCCUAAGUUUUGGUUAACUCAAAUUGAAAUUCCCCUUAAAAAAGCAAAAGAGAAUAAAGUUAACAGCUAAAAACCAAAGUGGAUUUUUUGACCCAAAGAGGUUUUUAACUCAUUCCUUAAAUAAAGCAUCAUAAAUGUGAAUUAAACAUAAUACAUAUCCUAUUAACCAACUUAUCUUAUGUAUAAUUAGUGCUACUAAUUAUUUUUUCCUUUCCUCUACUUAUUCAAAUUUUGUACCUCCCUUCUGGAAUAUGAUUAAAAUACAGUUGAAUAAUUAUAAAAUACUGAGUAAACUCAUGAUCAUUGAUAUAUUUUUCUGCCUUAAUGGCACACAUACCUGAGUGUUUUUGUGAAAAAUGUUUAUUUGAAAUAACCACCUUCAGAUGGUAAAAUGUUGGUCUAAUCUAAUUACUGGCUUCCCUGGUGGCUUAGUGGUAAAGAAUCUGCCUACCAAUGUAGGAGAUGUGGGUUCAGUCCCUGGGUUGAGAAGAUCCCCUGGAGAAGGAAAUGGCAACCCACUCUAGUAUUCUUGCCUAGGGAAUCCCAUGGACAGGCUGUAGUCCAUGGGGUCACAAAAGAGUCAGACAAGACUGAGUGACUAAACAACAAUUUAAUUACAUAAUUACACAGAUGCUAUUAAAAGUCAAAAUUAAUUGGUUUGAUUUUUCAACCACAGUUGCGCCUUGACCAACACAGGUUUGGAUAGUGCAGGUCCGCUUACAUGCAGAUUUUUUUCAAUAAAAUACUACAGUACUGCACAAUCUGCAGCUGACUGAAUCUGCAGAUGCAGAACCAUGGAUACAGAGGACAGACUGCUUUGAUCAAUUGUCAUAGCCUUUGGGUGAAUAUUAAAUUACAUAGUAUUACUUAGCAUAAACUUUUUAAGUACUCUACUUACACAUUCACCUGUUAAUGUAACAAGUCAGGCACAGCUGAUGGAUUUUGAUAAUAGCAGCUGUCAACCUCUGUUAAAAUCAAUCAGUGGCAAGACUGUAUAUAUUAAAUCCUGUAUCAUGUCAUGAAAAUGUAUUUACAGUUUAACCACUAAUAAGCAUAGCUGUCAGCUUUGGUGUUGAUAUUUUCAUGACGUGUUUUGGCCCCAGGUAUUUUUUAGUUGUAUGCUAAUUUUUUUUAAUUUAAAACUUAGUGGUCUCUUUAAAAUUUUUACUGUUCCCCAAAGUUGAGUAUUACCUUGAAAAUAUCCUACCGUUUUUUAGUUAUCUUUAUUUUUUGAGUUAAUGAAGCUAAAGUUUUUAAUAUCAGAAUUUAUAUUUCCAAGUGAGUAUUCUUGAAAGUAGCAUUUAUUCCAUUGAUGAAACCAUUGUGGGAGCCAUCUGUAACCUCUGUUUUGAUACUAAUUUGAAAGUCUCUUUUUAAUCAUUCAUUAAUAUAAUUUUAUUACUUCCAGUUACUUCUUAAUGAAUACUGAAAAUGUGAUCACUAAGCUUCUUUCACCAAACUUGGCCUUUCAAGAAGUUGAAUACCAAUAGGAAUUUCUUUCUCCUCCCUUUUGGCUUCUUUCCUCCUGGUCCCUGACUCUAGAUAGAAUAUGAACAAUUUAUUUAAUCUCAGUUUGCUCUUUAAUAAAUCAAAAUUAAGAUUUCUAGGUCUCCUUAUAAUGAACAUGUAUGACUUAAUCUAGAGGUAUUUUAAUGUAGUGUCUUUAAAAUUAUCUAACUAACUAUAUUACUUUCAAACAUAGUAUUUCCAAGAGGUCACUUAACAGUAAUGAUUAUUAUAAUAACUAGUGAACACUUUGAAAUUCUCUGUUUUGAUCUUGUUUUAUCUACACAGACAUUUACUACAUACGAUUUGAAGAAAAGAUGCUUAAUAAGAAGUUUAUAAACUGUGGCCUGUUAGAGAGCCAGAUCUGGAGAAUUCCAUGUGCAUUCAGGGCAUCCAGCAAAUCUCAGUCAUGAAGAAGAUUCUAUCGGGGCUGUGGCAUCCUGUCUUCAGUUUUCAGAAUUAGAAGUAGAUUGCACUUCAUGCUUAGAGAAAUUAGUGACUUCUGCCACAUGUUUGAAGGAUCAAUUGCAUUUUUAUUAUACUUUAUAUUCUCUAUUGACAGUUUAUGUUCUGUGCCUACCAGUAACAUUUGUUCAAUGCUUACGUCUACCCACUCCAGUAUUCUUUCGUGGAGAAUCACAUGGACAGAGGAGCCUGGCGGGCUGUUGUCUGUGGGGUCUCAAAGAGUCCGACACAGCUAAGCAACUAACACUUUGACUUUUCAUUCACUUUCACUUACUUGUAUGCCAGGCGCACUGCUAACACUUGAUGUGAAUCAGGUCUUUUACUCUUUAUAACAACCCUUAUGAAAUAGGUUCAGUUAUUAUCCCCAUUUUUGUGUUGUGGAAGCUGACGCACAGAGAGAUUAAGUGAUAUUUACCUAGUGAAGGAGCUGAGGGUUAACCCAGAGAACCCAGGCUUUAGGGCUUGUGUUCUUAACCAUUAAGCUACACUGCCUUGUGGAAACCUAUAUGCUUAGGUCUUAUAAUUGAAUAUUUAGCUUAUUUUCUUUGGUGGUUCGAGUGGAGGAGGAAAAGGAGGUAGGGGGCUGGAGCCAUAGGCUCUGUAGGCCGAAUUAGAAUUUAUUAUGCCUUUCAGUGGAUGUUUGCGGCCAGAAAAGUAUUGAGACCUUCUGCCUUAAGGAAGUGCAUGCUUAGUCCCUCAGUCAUGUCCGACUCUUUGGGACCCCAUGGACUGUAGCCCACCAGGCUCCUCUGUCCAUGGAAUUUUCCAGGCAAGAAUACUGGAGUGGGUGCCAUUUCCUAUUCCUACUCUGCCUUAAGGAAGUGUUUAGCUUAAUUUCUGUCUGGUUCAUUAGAGUUCUGACUUAAUGCCAUUUUAAUCUUAUAUCUUCAUGGUCUGUAUGUACUUCAUGAAACAUUUUUUGAUAAAUUCUUUUGUUUCUGCAGAAACUCAAACAGAAGAAUCAACAGCUGAAGCAAAUUAUGGAUCAAU